CUCUGAGCUGGGCCUUGGGCCAAAACAACUUUUAUUCACUUCCUAAAGGAAAGAGACUCCUCAAGACCACAGUGAGCGGCACUGGGCUGGUGUUUUACAGCAAUCAUUGAUUUCGACAUUUGACAAAAGAAACCCGCAUCUUUCAAACUGCCUGCUUCCUUUCUGAGCAGCUAAUUUUGCAAAGCCAGCCCAGCUGAAGAAAGAAGCUUUAUAAAUGGCUCGUGACAUCAUGAAUAUUUCUGGACUCCUGUCUAUUCUAGUCUAUGGGCUUCUGCUGCUUCAGGAAUGCUCCUGUUGGACCUACCACAGUUCAAACUACAACAUGAACUAUGCGGAGGCAGAAAAAUGGUGUAAAGCCAACUUUACAAACCUGGUUGCUAUUCAAACCAAGGAAGAAAUUAGUUACUUGAACGCCACGCUCGAUGAAAAUGCAAAUCAUUACUGGAUUGGGCUGAGGAAAAUUAACUCCGAGUGGAGAUGGGUAGGAACCAACAAGCCACUGGACAAGGAUGCUGAAAACUGGGCUAAGGGCGAACCGAAUGGCCGAAAACUCAACGAGGACUGUGUCGAAAUCUACAUCAAACGAGUGAAAGAUUCGGGAAAGUGGAAUGACGAACGCUGUAGUAAAAAGAAAGCAGCUUUGUGUUACACAGCCUCCUGUAAACUGGAUUCCUGCAGCGGCCGUGGCGAGUGUGUAGAGACCAUUAAUAAUUACACUUGCAAUUGCGAUCCUGGAUUCUAUGGGCGUGACUGUGAAUAUGUGAGGAUUUGUGAGCCUCCCAGAGAGCCAGAUCAUGGAAUCUUGGAGUGUGACAAGCCAGAGAAGGAUUUCGUCUACAACUCAUCUUGCAGAGUGCAAUGUGUGGAGGGUUACAAACCAACUGUGAAUGAACCAAUUUGGUGCACUUCUUCUGGAAUAUGGUCUACACCCACCCCUAUGUGUAAAGCUGUGAAAUGUGAAAUGGUACCUCAGCCUGAAAAUGGGUUUGCGAAUUGUUCCCACGCUGAUUCAGAACUAGCCUUCAACUCAACCUGUCGGUUCGGUUGUGAGGAGGGCUACACUUUGCGAGGAUCAUCCCAAAUCCAGUGCUCUUCACAGGGAAUCUGGUCAGCACCCAUUCCCCAUUGUGAAGCAGUGAAAUGUGAAGCGGUAUCUCAGCCUGAAAGUGGGUUUGUGAACUGUUCCCGCCCUGAGACAGAACUGGUCUUCAAUUCAACCUGUCAGUUCAGCUGUGAGGAGGGCUACACCUUGCGAGGACUGUCCCAAAUUCAGUGCUCCUCCGAGGGACACUGGUCAGCACCAAUUUCUCAUUGUGAAAUGGUGAAAUGUGAGGCAAUACCUCAGCCAGAAAGAGGUUUUGUGAAUUGUUCCCAUACUGACGGAGAAACAGUCAACUCAACCUGCCAGUUCAGUUGUGAGGAGGGCUACAUCUUGCAAGGAUCAUCCCAAAUCCAGUGUUCCUCUCAGGGGCAAUGGUCAGCACCGAUUCCCCAGUGUAAAGAAGUGAAAUGUGGUGCAGUACAACCACCUGAGGGAGGGUUUGUGAACUGUUCCCACACUGAUACCAAUCUAGUCUUCAACUCCACGUGUCAGUUCAGCUGUGAGGAGGGCUACACCUUGCAAGGAUCAUCCCAAAUCCAGUGCUCUUCAAAGGGACAUUGGUCAGCAUCCAUUCCUCACUGUGAAAUUGCCAAGUGUGAGAGUCUGACAGCUCCAGAGAAGGGCUUCUUGAACUGUACACAUCCAGAUUUUGCCUACAGGACACUGUGUGAGGUCAGCUGUAUGGAUGGAUGGAUGUUGAAUGGUUCCUAUGCACUCCAGUGUCUAGCUUCAGGAAAAUGGACAGCAGGACUUCCAACCUGUGAAGCUGCUCAACCUCAGUGGGAUGUUGCGAGUUACUUAUUCACUGCAACAGCAGCUACUGGAGCCUCCAUCUUAUCAGUAGGAUUGCUUCUUGCUUGGCUCAUAAAGCGUAUUCGAAGGAAAGUAAAGAAAUUUAUUCCAGCCAGUAAUUACCACAGCCUUGACUCAGAAGGCACUUUCCAAAGUUCUGCUGAUCUGAUCUAAUUCCUAGACAAAGAGGAUUUGUAGCUGUCUUCAGCAAUGCCUGGUACACUGGACAAAGGAGAAUGAAUUACAAGCAAAUGUCAUUUGCGGUAAUCAUCAAGAAUACACUUUACCUUUGGUAUAUGAAGAUGUAGAUCUCUUUGUCAAUGUCUAGCAACCUUCUUUUGGUGCAAGGCUGCUCUGCACAAAAUAUGCAGUCUUCAGAAGGGACCUCACUGUUCUAGGAUUGAAGCAAACAAGAAGGUACUUCAGCUAGCUGAGAUAAAUGUUCCUGUUACAUCACAGCAGGGUCUCUAUGGGCAAACGUUAAUUGCAGAAAGAGUGUGGAAUGCAUAGCUUGCAAGAUAUUUAUUGAGUGAAGUCUUGGACACAAUCCAACUGGAAAGUACCAAUUGCUAUAUGUCAGUUGUUGCUUGUUCUUUGGACAGAAACUGUUUCAGUCCACAAUGAUAAUUUUUGAAGUUUAAAUUUUAUAGUCCUAAACCACCAAUACCCCCCCCCCUAAAUACUUUUGGGUAACAGCUCUACCUCUCCCUGAUGUAGCAAAUCACUGUUAAUUACUUGGGUGCAAUUUUCUAGACAACCCAGUACCCUCUGAAUAGCAGUGAAAUUAGUUUUAGGACAUAAUCACGUUUCAAAUAUUUUUCUUUGAACUUGUAAAAUAAUGCCCAAAAAUUGAACAUAUACAAAAAUCUCUUUUCAGUUUUUACGAUAAUGCCAUGAUUUACUUCUGUAAUUUUCCCUGCCCCACCACGUGUAAUUGUAUUCUUGUUACGAUAUGUUCCGUCAAGCCAUUCAAGGCUGUAGAAAUAUUUCAUCCCUAUGGGAUUCAGUGCAGCAAAUAUUUAUUUAUUUAUUUACAAUGGUCCUCUCGGUGCAAUUUUGUCUGAUCCUCCAAAAACUGCAAAAAAAGAAAAGAAAAGAAUGUCUGCUCUUGCAAAAAAAAAAGAUAGAAUCUAGCCUUUGUAUUUAGAACACUUUGGAAUAAAGUAAUUGUUACUGCAUGGCCUACAAAAAAAGAAUCUGACUAUUGGAACAGUCAGCUAAUUAAUAUCAGUUAUGUAGAUGAUAUUCACACCUGGAAUCAACUGGC